AUGCCGGAUUCUGCUGCAGCACCAGAGCCACCAACAGCUCCUCCUGCUGAGCGGACUCCACCGCCAUAUCGACCUUCUGGCGAGCCAGAACGGUAUCAGAGCGGAGAUGAGUCUUGGUCCGCUGCUGACAGUGACAAUGACCGUGUGGCCCAGAACGACUCGAGUGCUUCUCGAGCAUUGAAGCGCAAGCGCCCCCUCACUGUCUCGUGUGAGCUUUGUAAGCAGAGGAAAGUCAAAUGUGAUCGAGCUCAACCAAGCUGUGGGUGGUGUGCACGUAAUGCCCAGUUGUGUGAGUACAAGGAACGCAAGAAGCCUGGCCUUCGUGCGGGGUAUGGCAAGGAGCUCGAACAGCGACUCGAUAUAGACCGCUUGGAGGAAGUUAUCCAGACGCAGGCUCGCCUCAUUGAGAAGCAUAUCAUUGGGGGCCAAUCGCGCCUGGGCCAAGAUGCUCUUCAUCCUGCACCAUUCUCUUACAGUUCGCCUUCAGAGCCUUCUGCCGCUCAUGGAACAAGUCCUCAAACUACCUUCCACUUCCAAGAGCCAGCCUCGUUCCCGCACCCUACUCGUCAAUCUGAUGUCUCUAUCACAAGUCCUUCGGAGCUGUCGGUGCGGAACACGCUACCAAAUCAUCUUCCGAAUGGCAUCUCUUCUGUAAUAUCGUUGCCUCAUCUUUCAAAUAAUUCGACUCAGAGUGAUUAUACAGGGAACGAAUCUUCUUUGAAGGUCCCGGUGUCAUUGUAUAACAGCCAGGAACAAUCACUCGCUGAUCCGGAACUCGAUCUCCCCCCCUACGAUCUACUAUAUGCACUAGUCGAUCUCUAUUUCGAACACAUCAACACAUGGUGUCCAAUACUACAUCGCCGGACUACGCUCGAUACGUUCUUUGGACCCUCUCCGUUAGAGGAAGCUGAUAGAGUCGUGCUUUAUGCUAUUGUGGCAACCACGCUCCGCUUUUCGAAUGAUAGUCGACUCAACGCGCAGAACCGGAAGCGAUAUCAUGACUCGUCUAAGCAGAAGGUGCUUUUCUACGGGCUGGAAAACUCUUCGGUCAAAGCGCUCCAAGCUUUGGUGAUUUUAGCGUUGGACUUAGUAGGCUCAUCCAACGGCCCCCCGGGAUGGAAGUUACUUGCUUUAGUCACGCGAUCCGUAGUCCAACUGGGCCUAGCCGUGGAGUCUAAAUCCUCGCUCAUUGCUCCUCUAUAUCCUUCCAUUUAUACCCUGCGCGCAGUCACCCUUCCAGAUCCUGACACCUGGAUUGAGGAUGAGAGUCGACGGAGACUGUUUUGGAUGGUUUACCUCCUAGACAGAUACUCAACUAUCGCCACUGCAUUUGACUUUGCCUUGGACGACAAGGAUAUUGACCGCAAGCUUCCAUGCAAAGAUGAAUACUUCCACAAGAACCAGCCGGUUGAGACUCGGUGGUUCCGACGUACCAGCGAUCGUGCUGAAUAUUCGAGUCGCGCCGAGAAUGUGGGAACAUUUGGACUCUACGUGGAAAUUCUAGGGAUAUUAUCCCGGAUCCAUACGUUUCUGAAGAGACCCGUCGAUAUAGGUGCACUUUCCGAUGUCGAGGAAUGGCAAGUGAUGUAUCGCAAGCUCGAUAGCGAACUCACAUCCUGGGAAUUCAACCUUCCAGCCGAGUAUGCUUAUGAAAACUCGUCUCGCCUCUUCAGUGGACCCAAACAUAGCCGGAAUCUCCACUGUGACUGGGUUCAACUACAUGCUACAUAUCAAACGCUAACACUUUGUAGCGCUGUAAUUCGACUCCAUUCGUCGGCCGCUUACCCCACCACACGUUCUCCAAUCUUCACCCCAUCAUACAGUGCUAGCCAACGGUGCUUGCUGGCAGUUGACAACAUUCUUUCGGUGACCCGCUAUGUCGUGGACAAUAACAUGCUAGACAAGAUGGGGCCGCCUUUUGCGUUCACUCUCUGGGUUUCUGCUCGCCUGCUGCUUGUCCAUGGAUCCACCAUCGCCCAUAUUGUUAGCCCCGAUAUCAUCUUCUUUGUUGACACCCUUUCUCAAAUGGGGAAGUACUGGAAAGUGGCAGAGCGCUACAGCUCACUCCUACAGCGCGUACUCGACGAGUAUGGCGAAUACCAACAGUCCAGCACUAAUGAGGGUGAGCGCGUCACGCCAUCGUCUGUGAAAAUCCUAGCAGAUAUGCGUCGUUGUGCAUUUGAUCUCGAUUUUCUCAUUUCACGACAGCCGCGCUCAUCCCCAGCUGGCAGCCAACCACCAGCCCCUGCAGUCGCGCCAGCUCGCAAUCUAGCCCCCAAUGAACUAGAGUACCUUGAUGUAUUUGGCUUCUUCAAUGUCCCGCGUGUGCCGGCCGGCAGAGGCCCUGAGAUCCUCAGCUUGGAUAUGGGGGAUGCAGUCAACGAGCAGAUGCCGAUCAAUGGCCUUACAGGGACUGGCAACACGACCGAUUCUGUCGCUGAUAGCACCAACACAAACACGAACGAGUUCAACAUCACCAACUACCUGAUACCAACACCAGAGACUGACUGGCUGUUUCGUCCCAGUGGUUGA